CACAACACAGAAAGUUUUUGCUUAUAAACUUUGCGAAAAUUAAUUUGAGUUUGGUGCAAGAUGAAAGUGUUUGAUGAUUUUAAUUUUAGCGUGGAUAAAUAUACCAAGGAAUUGACAAGAGAAUGUGUGGGCGGUAGCGAUUUGCAGCAGCGCAAGAAGGAGAUUGAGUCUUACAAUGAGCAAACAUCAGCAACGCUUAAGCAAACAUGCAAAAAGAAUUAUAUGCAGUUUAUACAAACUGCCAAAGAGAUAUCACAUCUCGAGUCGGAAAUGUACCAGCUGUCGCAUAUACUCAUCGAGCAGCGCAACAUACUGGCUACAAUGAGCGAUGGCAAGACAAGCAACAAUCUAAAGGCGGACAGUGUAGAGGCGGAGAAUACGGCGGCUGAGGAUUUGGAAAAUAGUCAUGCCACGCGUGCUGUUAAGGAAAUGGUGCAGGGCUUCAAUGGCAAUCUAGAGGGCAAAACAUUUCUAAAUGAGGGCGCACUCAUUGAACUCGAUGGCAAUGACUAUCGUCCCAUACAGCGUGUCUUUUUCUUUCUCUUCAACGAUGUGCUUAUUGUAUGCAAAGUCAAGCAUGAUAAGCGCCUGGAGUUUCUAAACGAAUACGAUCCCAAAAAGAUAGGUGUUAUUAAUAUAAAGGAUCUGGAUGGCGUUAAAAAUGCCAUUAAUAUUAUAACACCAGAUGGCUCCAAGAUAUAUCAAAGCAUAACAGCGGCAGGAAAAAGUGAAUGGAUUGAGAAGCUAGAGGAAGCUUUUCGCUUUGAUCAACAAAAGAAACCGAAAAAGGGACAAGCACCGCAGCCACCAAAUCGUAACAAAUCGCAGCAACAGUCCCAAUCAAAGAACUCUACACCCGAAAAGCAAGUAUUACCAAGUCCUAGUGAGUCUGAGCCCAAGUCGCUAGAGGAUGAAACGCCAGAGUGGCUUAGCACGGCCAGUGAGGAAAUUCAAACGUUGGUGGCGCAACGGCACUUUGAAGAUGCACAAACACUUAUAAAGCGCACACUAGAAUUUCUGCGACUUGCUGAGCACAAAAAGAAGCUGCCACAAGCGGACAGCAUUGAGAGCAAAGUAAAGCAGCAGGAACAAAAGUUGACCAACGUACUGCUGCAGGAGCUGUCCAACAGUCACAAUCGCAAUUUGCAAAUAGCGUUGCGGGCGGCGCGACGACCGCUGAGCAUACUUGUUGAAAUGGGUCGCUCACGUCAAGCGAGCGCCACGCUGCUAAAAGUCUGUACAGUUAGCUUACGUGUGGCACAGCGCGAGGCACGACGCAACAAUGCUGAAAUCUCCGAGCUUUUCUUCUGCGACCUAACACAGGUGGCGUGUGAUUAUCUCAGUGCCUUUGAGCAGCAGCCGGCGUGCGUGGCUGCGCUUGUUGUUUGGUGCAACGCGGAGCUGCAAUACUUUGCAAGCCAGCUAAUCAAGCAUUAUCUAACCAAAGGUACAUCGCUGGAGGCCAUGGCCAAGUGCGUGGAGCGAGUGCGCAAGCCGGCUACAAAGCUUACAGAAAUUGGUCUUGAUAUAAGCUAUCAUCUGGAGGGAUUGCUGCGCACGACGCUUGAAUCAUUAAUUGAAGAGUCCAAGCAGCGGCUGCUGGAUGCCGUGGGCCGCACAGAAGAAAGCUGGCAGCCUUACAACCUACAAACUAAAUCAAAUUUAAAGCGCUUGCUGCUUGAGCUCGAUACUCUAGGCAUUGAUAUGCGUGCUCAGACCACGGGCGACACUUGGCUAAACUUAACUCAAUCCACGCUGGUCUUUGUGCGUCAUUAUCUACAACUCACCGAAUAUUGUGGCUACCUGGCCAAGGGCGAAACGCUGUUGCAGAGCCUGGAGCAGCUGCUGCGUGAUCUCUUUAUAGCGCAACAUGCACUCAAGCCGCCCAGCGAUUUGGCUGUGGAUCCUAACUUUGUGGUAAAGAACAAAAUAUUCUUGGUGGACAAUCUGCUGCCCAUUGCUAUUGACAAGUUUCGUCAGAUUUCGGGACGUCAAUGUGAUUUACUGCGUGAGCUGCACACGAAGCUUGCGCGUCAGCAAGGUGCUCCAGUUCCUCGACAGCGUAGCGUCUAUACAACGGAUGUGUUUUGAGAGCUUUAACUUUGAUUACAUAUAUAAUUUUUUAUUUUUCGUUUUUGCUUCAAUUAUUUAUAAUAUAAUUAUAUACAUAUAUAACCACAAUAAUAAUAAUAUUUGUAAAAUUAAAAAUCGAAGCGUGUGCUGCACUCUAUUAUACUCCUUUUCUUAUUUGUUUCUUUAUGCUGGGCGCAAUCUGUGCCCACAUUCUAUAUAAUAUACAUAUAUAUUUAUAUAUAUACUUUUCUUCUUUUUUAUUACUAGAUAAACUAACGUUUAAACAAGUUGUGUUUUGUUUGUUUGUUGUUUUAGCUGCACAAAACGUAGGAUUUUACAGUUAUAUGAUUUUGACAAAAAUGUAAAUUAUUGAUAAAAAGCAAAAGCUGGCUGCUUAUGCGCCCCACCUAAAAAAUUGUAUAUGGGGGCACUUGCUUUCAAUUUUGUUGUCCGAUGUGUAUGUGUGCUUGUGUAUAAUUCAUAAGGUAAAAUUCUUAACUAAACAGCUUACUUAUAAUAUUCAUUUAUAUAUAUAUAUAUAUUUAUAUAUGUAUAUUUACUUUUCUUCUGCAUGCAAUUGUGUUUAGUGUGCGAAGUGUGUAUGUGUGUGUGUGUGUGAGAAGUUAGGGCAAAGGAUUCCGAAAGGGGCUGGUCAUCAAUAAAAAAACGAAUUAACAAAUUCAAAACUUACAAAUUUUGUUCUGUAUUUGUAAUUUAAAGUUUCUUUUGUUUUUUGCUUGUGUAUAUAUUUUUUUUUACAAAAACCUUCGCUGCCGACUUAUAAACACACAUAGACAAACUAAAAAGCAAUCUACAUAUCUGACAUUUUGUGUACUCAACUCUGUUAAUCAUAAUCUCAACGCUCCUGCAAUGACUAAAUCUGUGCUGGGCUUCAAAAUGGCCCGGCACUUAACUCUUUUUGAUGAGCGUAGUAGGUAACGCCGACUGUUAUUACAAUUUUUCUUUAAUUAGUUUUCAUUUCUGUUGCACUCGCUUAGCAUUUAUAAUUAUUGUUUAUUCUGUUUUAGGUUGCUUGGUGUUUCUGUUUAGUUUUUAUCUACUUUGCAAUUUGUGUUCAACUUUUUAUUGGACUUAGCUUAAGCUUAGUAGCUACAAGUAUGCUUAAAUAUUUAGCUUUUACU